GAGAUUUUCAACCGACCACAAUCUCCUUUCUCUAAAUUUGCACAUUCUCUCCUUCUCUCACCCUCUCUGCAAAAGGACACUCACUCUCUGUCUCUCUCUCUCUCUCUCUCUCUCUCAGAACGCGCAAAAAAGCUACAGUUUUUAGAUUCUCUCUUCUCGUGAUAAUCACAGUUUGAUUCUUUCCUGUCUUCUCAAAUUUCACAGAUUCUUUACUUUCCUUCAAAUCUCUCCAAACAUAUCACUACCACUUCCUUUUCUUGCUUAAAUCUCUCUUAAUUACCUUAGAUUCCCAUCCUUUUCUCUCUAUAUUCCUCUUUUAUUGAAUUUUUAUUGUCAAGUUCUUGUCUUGCUGCGUUUUUUGAGCUGUGUGAAGUAAGAGAGAAGAAAAUGGACAAGUACGAGCUUGUGAAAGAUAUAGGAUCUGGGAAUUUUGGAGUGGCAAGGCUCAUGAGGAACAAGGAAACCAAAGAGCUCGUCGCUAUGAAGUACAUCGAGCGCGGCCACAAGAUUGAUGAGAAUGUGGCAAGAGAGAUCAUAAAUCACAGAUCGCUUAGCCACCCAAACAUAAUUCGCUUCAAGGAGGUGGUUUUGACUCCUACACAUCUCGCCAUUGUUAUGGAAUAUGCUGCAGGUGGAGAGCUUUUUGAGCGAAUCUGUAAUGCUGGUAGAUUCAGUGAAGAUGAGGCUAGGUAUUUUUUUCAACAGCUUAUUUCAGGAGUCAGCUACUGCCAUUCUCUGCAAAUUUGCCAUAGAGAUUUGAAGCUAGAAAAUACCUUGCUGGAUGGGAGCCCAGCACCACGACUAAAAAUCUGUGACUUCGGUUAUUCUAAGUCAUCCUUGCUGCAUUCAAGACCCAAAUCCACAGUUGGAACUCCAGCAUAUAUUGCUCCAGAGGUUCUUUCUAGGAGAGAAUAUGAUGGCAAGAUGGCAGAUGUGUGGUCCUGUGGAGUGACACUGUAUGUUAUGCUUGUUGGAGCAUACCCAUUUGAAGAUCAAGAGGACCCAAAGAAUUUCAGAAAAACUAUCAAUAGAAUAAUGGCUGUUCAAUACAAGAUCCCGGACUAUGUCCACAUAUCUCAAGACUGCAGACAUCUCCUUUCUCGCAUAUUUGUUGCAAGCCCUUCCAGGAGGAUCACAAUUAAAGAUAUCAAGAGCCAUCCAUGGUUUUUGAAGAACUUGCCUAGGGAACUGACAGAGACAGCUCAAGCCAUGUACUACAGGCGAGGAAAUAAUACCUUUUCCUUACAAACUGAUGAAGAAAUCAUGAAGAUUGUGGAAGAGGCCAAAAUUCCUCCUCCAGUAUCUCGAUCCAUUGCCGGUUUCGGCUGGGGAGGGGAAGAAGAUGGUGAUGGGAAGGAAGACGACACAGAGGCCGAAGAAGAAGAAGAGGAAGAUGAGUAUGAAAAGAGAGUUAAGGAAGCACAAGCAAGUGGAGAAUUUCAUGUCAGUUAAGGAUUAAUUUGCCCCUUCUCUUCAGAUACCGAUUUAUCUAAAGUUUUGCCGUUUCAAUAUCUCUAUAGGUUGCUAUUGUGCUUGUAUAAAAGUUUGUACUUAGGACAUGGUCUUGAAUUUAAUAAAUGUCUGUAAAUUAUAGGGUAUUGGACAGGGAGGGUAUGUUUCCAAGUUUUAUGAGAAUUAGAGUGUCAUUGUUAUUGAGAAAUUGGGAUUAUGAUUUAUGAAUAUUUGAAAGUUUUCUACUUUCAUUUCUUUUCAAGGGUUGAGUUAAGACAGUGUCAUAAGUUAAGGGCACUGUGUGGUCUAGGUUUUGAUUGAAGAAAGUCUUAUCAACUGUUUGUGUAAAUUAUAUGGAGAUUGUGUCAGUUGAAGGACCUUAUCAAUAAAAUAUGUAUUAGUGUAA